AUGGAUACUUCGUCCAGUUUUCUCCUUAAAUUCGCAAUUCCCUUAGCUUUGGGAUUGGUGCUUCGCUCAGCAACUCUUUUGCAUCCAUAUUCUGGUAAAUCUUCGCCUCCUAUGUACGGUGAUUAUGAAGCCCAGCGACACUGGAUGGAAGUAACAGUAAACUUGGACGUCUCUGAAUGGUAUGUGAAUACCUCCUCCAAUGAUCUUCUUUACUGGGGUUUGGAUUAUCCUCCUCUCACUGCCUAUCAUAGUUAUUUGCUGGGACGCAUAGCUGAAUUUCUCAAUCCCGAAUGGAUUGAACUUUUCAAGUCAAGGGGCCAUGAAUCCGAUACUCACAAAUCAUUUAUGCGAAUGUCUGUUCUUAUCUCCGAUUGUUUGACGUAUAUGCUCGCCGCUAUUUUCUAUUGCGGGAUUACUGUUCAGGGCAUUAAAAAUGGUGCAAAACUUUCCGGCAUUUCUGUUGCCCUCUUAAUGCUAUCAUUUCCGGGAUUAAUUAUAAUUGAUCAUGGCCAUUUUCAAUAUAAUUGUGUUAGUCUUGGUCUUUUUCUCAUAUCCCUCAUUCUCUUCUCAAAGGACUGCGAUAUUCUUGGUAGUGUUGCAUUUUGUUUGGCCGUAUCGUACAAACAAAUGGAACUUUACCACGCCCUUCCAAUUUUCUUCUAUCUACUAUCAAAAUCAUUUUCAAAUACCUUUGUCUUCGGUGUAAAACGUGUUGCAAUUUUGGGAUUAACCGUCUGUGCUACAUUUGCUGUUGUUCUCCUGCCUUUUUUAACUUUGGAGCAGUUGAAACAUGUCGCCAUUCGCAUGUUUCCAGUAAAUCGAGGCCUCUAUGAAGACAAAGUUGCAAAUUUCUGGUGUAUUUCCUCUGUUUUUAUUAAAUGGCGUCAGCUAUUCACCACAGAUUUCCUUGUCUACUCUUGUGGCGUCGCAACUGUUGUGUCUUCACUUCCCGCUUGUUAUAAAAUUUUCACAAAACCCACUUUACCUCGCCUUAUUCUUUCUGAAGUUAUAGUUUCCCUCGCUUUCUUUUUGUUCUCUUAUCACGUUCACGAAAAAUCGAUAUUGUUAGUAUGUGUUCCAGUGCUAUGCUUACUUGUCUUUUACCCGCUCUCCGCCACCUACUUCUUAAUCAUUGCUACAUUGAGUAUGUGGCAGUUAUUUGUUAAAGAUGGGCUUUGCCAAUGUGGUCUUGCUCUUGUCGUUGUGUACUACGUAAUUUCUUCACUGUGUCUUGCUAUUGAUGCCACAGGAAAAUCCCGCGUUUCUCUCAUUCAUUUCUUCCCUCUGAGUCUUUCUCUACUCGGAUAUGUCGGCAUUUUUGCUCUGCCUCUGAUUGCUCAACCUCCCGAGAGAUAUCCGUUUCUCUUCCCUCUGAUGUUAAAUGCCUACAGCUUCAUUCACUUUAUGGGGUUCUUUUUCUUUUGGUAUUGGCAACUCUUUUCCUCGGUGACAUUGUAA